GUCUGAAGACAGCUUUAGUAGAAAAGUUUGACUUUUCCUCGGGAACCAGUAGUCGAAGCACCAAGUUGAUACAUGGAGGGGUCCGGUAUCUACAAAAGGCUGUAUUUGGAUUGGAUAUAGAACAGUAUCGAAUGGUCAAAGAGGCACUUUCAGAAAGAGCAAAUUUAAUCCAGAUUGCUCCUCAUCUAGCAUACCCAUUUCCUAUUAUGCUGCCCAUUUACAAAUACUGGCAGGUUCCCUACUUCUGGGCUGGAAUUAAGAUGUAUGAUGUGAUAGCUGGAAAGCAACUCCUCAAACCAAGUUACUAUUUAUCUAAACGUAAAACACUAGAAAUAUUUCCCAUGCUGAAGCAAGAGAAGUUGGUGGGGGCUUUGGUUUACUAUGAUGGCCAACAUGAUGAUGCCAGGAUGAACAUUUCUAUGGCUAUCAGUGCUGCUCGUAUGGGAGGUACCAUUACAAACUAUACAGAGGUCUUAAAACUUUACAAAAAGACUGACGAGAAUGGGAAAGAAAUUGUCUGUGGAGCCAGAAUUAAGGACAGACAAACUGAUCAAGAAUUUGAUGUAAAAGCAAAAUGCAUAAUCAAUGCUGCAGGUCCAUACACUGACAGAAUUAGACUAAUGGAUGAUAGCAGUAAGAAGAAGAUCUGCCAGCCCAGUCAGGGAGUACACAUAGUGCUACCUGACUACUACAGUCCAGACAAGAUGGGACUAUUAGACCCCGCCACUAGUGAUGGUAGAGUGAUUUUCUUUUUGCCUUGGCAGAAUCACACUUUAGCAGGAACCACCGAUUCCUCUUGUGAGCUGACAGAUUACCCAACUCCAACAGAGAAAGAAAUCCAGUUCAUCCUGAAUGAAGUCAAGAAUUACCUUCACCCUGACGUUGAGGUUCGUCGUGGUGAUGUGCUGUCAGCCUGGUGUGGUAUCCGUCCGUUAGUGUCAGAUCCAAACAAGAAGGACACACAGUCUGUGGCCAGGAACCACAUCAUUGAGGUGGCGGACGACCAUCUUAUCACCAUAGCAGGAGGGAAAUGGACAACAUAUCGACACAUGGCAGAGGAGACAUUAGACAAAGCAGUAGAGGUGUGUUCAUUGAAGCAUGCCAGGCCCUGUCAGACUAAGGGGCUACUACUGGACGGUGCUCACGGCUGGACACCCACACUGUUCAUCAGACUUGUGCAGGACUUUGGCUUAGAAAAUGAGGUUGCUCAACAUUUGGCCAACACCUAUGGAGAUAAGGCCUUUAAGAUCGCUAAGAUGUCCUCAUUAACUGGGAAAAGAUGGCCAGUGGUUGGGAAGAGACUCCAUGAUGAGUUCCCUUAUUUAGAAGCCGAGGUGAAAUAUGCUGUAAGGGAGUACGCCUGCACUGCUAUAGAUAUCAUCGCCCGCAGGACGCGGCUAGCCUUCUGUAAUGCUAACGCUGCAGAGGAGGCCUUACCUAGGAUUGUGGAGAUCAUGGCAGAGGAACUGAAAUGGAGCAAAUCAAGACAACAGGAUGAGUUGGCCAGAGCUAAGACUUUUCUGAGGAGGGAGAUGGGACUAGAGCUUGGAAGUGGCACUUCUAAUGUUCCCAUCAACUUCAACAAGGACGAGAUCAAUAUGUAUGUCAAGCGAUUCAAGAGUCUGGAUAGGGACAACAAAGGAUAUAUAACCGUCAACGAUCUCAGACGUUAUUUCAAGCAAACUGGAGAGAGAGUCACAGAGGACCAGUUACAUGACAUCCUGAGUGAAGUGGAUCUCAAUCGCAAUGCCCAGGUGGACAUCGGAGAGUUCCUACAGCUGAUGAGUGCAUUAAAAAGUGGAGCAGUUUCCAACUCACGAUUUGCCAAGGCUGCUGAAAUGUCGGCAGAGAAAAUUCCAGUACACAGGAGUGGAGGAGGAGUGUAACUCAUCAUUAGAACAUAGAAUAUUUUUUUCUUAAUUUAUUAUAUACAUUGUGUGUAUUGCUUGAAAUUCAUGUUUUACACCUGUUGACACCUUAUAGAAAUCCCAUUCACUUACGAUCAUUACCGGUUUAUUAGAUUAUGAAUCCACAGUUACGUAUUUAAACUUAAUUCUUAAUAUGACUGAGAGAUAUUUCAGGGAGUAUAUUUUGAAUAAGAAAGGUAUUUUCUUUAUUAGCAGAGCAUAAUAUCGGAAUUAGUAGUUUAAUGUUGUUUAUAAAUGUUUUUUGGGGUAAAAUUCCAUGGACUGUAUUUUUUAUAUUUAUAAUCUGCAAUCUUGUUAGCUAAUCAAGCAUGUAAAAAACGGGGCUUUUUAAAGAUGUUAUUUUUAUGUUUACACGAUUCUGAAGUACACUUAAUAUGUCACGUUUAAUUUUCAUAUUACAUAAUUGUAUGCAUAAACUAUUUGCAAAAGUUACCGGUAAUCCAAUAUUUUAUUGCUUAGGGACUUGUUUUCAGAGUUCUACUGUAUUUUAUAUUAGUGUGGCAUAUGCAUUGUUCUAAUUGGGUCUCAUGUGUUUAAAAUCCAUAAAGUGAACUUUAAUUAAUAUUAAUGUUUCAUUUCAGAUUUUACUUUAUUGGUGCCAUUAUUGUUUCUAAGUGAAAUAUGUAUUUGCAUAAAGUUCCGUUAUAAGAAUCUUUUUAGUGCUGUUACAUGUGUUAUUACAUGUAAUUAUCUAUGAACCCUGAACAAUACUGUACUUGUAACUUGUUACUGUUAAAGUGCUUAUAAAACUUUUCAGUUUUAGAAACCAAGUUCGUACUAGUAUGAUG